AUGCCUUCCCAAAUACCAACCCCAAUCUCUCGCUAUGGUUUCAUGGAUGACUACAGCGAAGGCGCACAUCCAGCCCUCCUCAAAGCUCUCAUCGCCAGCAACACUACCCAAGAGACUGGUUACGGCAACGAUACAUACUGCGAUCUCGCACGGAAGCGAAUCCGAGCCCAUCUCGGCCGUGACGAUGUCGGCAUCUUCUUCGUACCCAGCGGCACAUCAGCCAAUGCCAUCUCCAUCGCCGCAUGCCUACGUCCCCACGAAGCAGUCAUUGCCGCGAGCUCUGGGCAUAUCGUGACGAGAGAAACAGGUGCUGUGGAAGCUAGUGGCCACAAGAUAAUAAACGUUGCUCCUGUCAAUGGCAAACUUACCCCUCAAUCCAUUGAGCGGGCAUUGGACGAUAACUGGCAUUUCCCCCAUAUGGCCAAGCCCAAGUUAGUAUACAUCUCGAAUGCGACCGAGAUCGGCACGAUAUAUACGAGAAACGAGAUGGCUGCGAUAAAGGAAGUCUGCGAAAAGAAUGGCCUUAUUUUAUUCCUUGAUGGGGCUCGCAUUGGCACUGCCCUUGCAUCAAAGUUCAACGACAUGACACUAUCAGAUAUCCUCGAAUUAACAGAUAUAUUCUGGAUCGGAGGCACAAAGAACGGCGCGCUACUGGGCGAGGCAGUUGUUGUAAAAGACGCUCGUCUGGCCUCUGAAUACGAGUUUUUCGUUAAGCAGCACGGCUCGCUGUUGGCCAAGGGAAGGGUGAUUGGUGCACAGUUCGCUGAGUUAUUCGAAGGCGAUUUAUAUUUUGACCUUGCGCGCAAGGCAAACCUGGCUGCCGAGACACUGUCUAAUGGAAUUGCUGACGCGGGAUUCUCUGUAUAUGCUGCGACGGAGACGAAUCAGGUUUUUGCGGUUCUCCCAUUGGGAUUGAUCAAGACUCUGAACGAGCAUUUUAGCUUUUACGUGUGGGAAAAGUGCGGUGAUGAUGAGGCUGUUAUAAGACUAUUAACAACGUGGGCGACUGAUGGAAUGCAGGUCCAGAGUACAAAAGUUGAAUUCGGUAUUGGUUGA